AUGACACUGAUUGAUGUCGCUGUCAUCGGCGGAGGCCCUGCAGGCUUAUCCGCAGCAAGCACGUUGGCACGUCAGCUACACACAGUGACGGUUUUUGACUCACAAGUUUAUCGCAAUGCCAGGUCAUCCUCCAUGCAUAUGGUCCCAGGCUGGGAGAACAAAGAUCCCAAGGACUUCAGAGCUUCGGCCAAGAACGAUAUAGUUGCCAACUAUUCGACUGUUGAGUUUACAAACCUCGGAGUGACUAAGAUUGAAAAGAAGAACGACGCUCACUUCAUGGUCUCUGAUUCCAAUGGAAAAGAGUGGCAGUUCCACAAAAUCAUCCUCGCUGUGGGCUCGUCGAACAUCUUCCCAUCCAUUGAUGGCUAUGAGAAGCUGUGGGGAGAACGAAUUUUUCACUGUCUGUUUUGCAAAGGGUACGAGGACCGUGGGGCGGAUUCAGCCGGUAUACUUGCCGUGCCUCCUCUCGUGAUUCAUCCUCUCGUUGUACACAUGGCAAUGGAUGCCGCACGACUCGCCAAGCGAGUGACAAUCUACACUCAUGGCAAUGAAGAUCUUGAGAAACAGCUUGCGUCCAUAGCCAGCACAAGGUUCAUCAUUGAGCCGCGGCCGAUCCAGAAGCUUGUUCAAUCUCCCGACUCAAAGUCUGUGAUCGUCGAGUUUGGCGAUGGGUCCAGUAAACAAGAGACGUUCUUGGCCCAUAGUCCCCAGACCAGUGUUCAGGGUCCUCUCGUUUCCGACCUUGGGAUUUCGUUGACGCCAAUGGGAGACAUUGUGGCGGACGCACCUAUGCAUCAAACAAGUGUGCGCGGCGUUUUCGCCGCCGGUGAUUGCAUCACUCCAUACAAGGUCAUCCCAGGGGCCAUCUCCAGUGGUUGCAACGCAGCCGUGGCCGCAAGCGCUCAGCUGCACGCGGAGGAAUAUGGACAGCCACCAAUGUUUUGA